AUGCAUUGUUUUCCGUGUUUCUCUACACCAAAGAGUAAAAAAUCUCCAACGGCGAAUGAGACCAAUGCUAACGAAACCAGACCACAUGCACACGAUGAAGCAGAGCAAUCGGAAGAAACAACGUUGAAGACGUUCACAUUCCGAGAACUAGCAACAGCCACAAAGAAUUUCCGGCAAGAAUGUUUGUUAGGAGAAGGUGGUUUCGGUAGGGUUUACAAAGGAACCCUUCAACCUACUGGCCAUGUGGUGGCUGUAAAGCAACUAGACAAGCAUGGAUUACAUGGGAACAAAGAGUUCCAAGCUGAGGUCUUCUCAUUAGGCCGUCUCGAUCAUCCCAAUCUUGUUAAGCUUGUAGGGUAUUGCGCCGAUGGAGAUCAAAGACUUUUAGUUUAUGAUUAUGUCACAGGAGGUUCUCUCCAAGACCAUCUUCAUGAGCCAAAAUCAGACCGUGAACCAAUGGAUUGGACGACAAGGAUGCAGAUAGCGUAUGGCGCAGCACAAGGGCUUGAUUACUUGCAUGAUAAAGUGAAUCCACCUGUGAUAUACCGUGAUUUGAAAGCUUCAAAUGUUUUGUUGGACGAUGACUUGUGUCCUAAGCUUUCUGACUUUGGUCUGCAUAAGCUGGGACCAGGGACAGGUGAUAAGAUGGUGUCUUUAACUUCUCGAGUAAUGGGUACUUAUGGUUACUCCGCUCCUGAGUAUACACGAGGUGGAAAUCUCACCUUGAAAUCAGAUGUCUAUAGCUUUGGAGUUGUGUUGCUUGAACUCAUCACUGGUCGAAGAGCUCUUGAUACUACUAGACCUAAUGAUGAACAAAACUUAGUUUCUUGGGCACAACCAUUAUUUGGAGAUCCAAAGAAAUAUCCUGAAAUGGCAGAUCCAGUUCUUGAGAAUAAAUUUUCAGAGAGAGGGCUAAACCAAGCAGUGGCGAUAGCUUCAAUGUGUGUGCAAGAGGAAGCAACAACACGUCCUCUAAUAAGUGAUGUAAUGGUUGCACUUAGCUUCCUUUCUAUGUCUACAGAAGAUGGUGUUCCCACAACUGUUCCUACCUCAUCCUUCAGGGACAAGAGCAUGUCUAUAGCCUUGAGCCGACAUGAUUCAUCUCGUUCUCCUGAACUAGUAGUCGAAGAUGAAAAGUCUAGUACAUCAUCAGAUGGGUCUGGUUCUAACUCGGAAGAGGAUCGAAGCAGUUUAUCAUCAAAGCCUGUGGAUGAGAAGAACCAGGCGCAGAGUUUGAAGAUAAACUAUAGAUAUAGUUGGGAAGAAGUGGAGGUUAGUGAUGAGAAGUUAAGCAGUAAAAGCAGCCAUAAAUCAAAUGAUGAAAGCCUUUCUUCGUGCUAUGAUGUUGACGUAGAUCAUGAUGAUUCACUUAGGAACAAGGAGAAAGAAGAAGAGCAGUCUCGUCUUGAGCACAUUCACAGCUCAAAAACUGAUGAUGAUCAAAGUGUUUACUUUGAUGAUGAAUCAGGAGAUGACGAUGAAGUAUCUUUCCAUCGGAUAAAAUCAGAGGUUGGAAGUGAUACUACAGAAGAUUGA